CAGAAACAGGAGCCACCGAGAAAGACCGCAGGCUAUCCAUGAUCCUAUGUGGAUCUUACCUAAAUUAUUUAAUAUUGCUGCACAGUGAACACUAUACAAAUAAACAUGCAGCUCAGUUAACAAUAAAAGAAAGUUUUCCUUUAAUUUAUUAUUUAACGUCUUUCCACCCCAAAUACAUCUGAAGUAACGUGAGUUUAUUAACUUUCAGUGCCUCAUAAUUAAACAUCAGUUGUUUGCUUUAAGGAUAAAUCUGUUUUGUUUUUGAUUUGUUUUUUGUGGGGGUUUUAUGAUAAUCUUCUCAGUUUCCAAGUUCUCAAAGACAUUUACAAAGUAAAGCCCAUUAGUGUUACAGGAGAUAGAAUACGUGACAGUUUAAUCUGUUUUUAAAGGAACAGGUCUAUAAAUUUGCAAAGAUUGAAAAGCAGGAAAUAUUCUGGAGAUUAAAAGGUGACACUUUCUUCAACACAUCCAUCCUCUUCUACUUAUCUGAUCCAGGGUUACCUAUCUCAGACAGAGUGAGAGGCAGGGAAUACUUUGAACAGGUCACUAGUUUAUCACAAGAUUCACAUGUAGAGAAAGACAACCAUUCACACUUACAGCCACCAAAUAACCCAACCCAGGCAUGUCUUUGUGACAAAGACAUUGUAUCCAAAAAGAAGCUACAAAAACACAGGGGGAAAAAAACACCCUGCAGAGUCUGGAUUCAACCCAGGACCUUCUUGAUGUGAGGCAACAGUGAUGACCACCAUACCACUGUCCCACAGGUUCUUGUAAGACUUCUAUUUAAAACAACUGAUGAAACCUUUAGGGAGUGCAGAAAAAAACACGGCAUUAACAAUAUUUGAAACCGUCUCAUAUCUAAACACACAGGAGAAAACACAGAUAACAGAUUCUUUAUAUUUACUUUGUUGAACAGCACUGUUGCAACUGUCUCAACAUCUUCAGCACAGUUGCAGUUUUGCAGACAACAACAUGUAAAAUUAGUCUUUUAGGAAGAAUGUGGGGAUAGAGCUGUGUAGUGUCACAAAAGGAGGUGUCCCCAUUACGUUUAUUACAUCACCUGACAUAUAAACAUGAGCACAAAAGUGAACCACUGAAACUAAUUUUUCUGUUCAGCACUGUAAAUAAAUAGGUUUGAUUUGUUAUCUUAAUAAAAAGCUUUUUUUUUUUUGUAAAUUCAAGGAUGACAACAAUAAUUAUAUUUUAGCAUUAAAUAAGCACACUGGUGAAUUUACUAUUAGACAAACAUAAAAGUGAUUUUGCUAAUCAUCAGUAUUGUUAAUUUAGUGUAACUGUGGCAUAAACCUUACAUUUAGGUGGUGUUCUAAUAAAUUUGUUAAGCAUUGUAUGUCCUGCUCUUGGUGUCAGUUUGCAUUAAUUUGAUGGGAAAUGCCCUCUAAACGUGAGAAAAUGCAGUAAAUUAUUUUAUGAUUUCAUCUCGUGAGGGUAAAAGUUUGUUUGGAGAGGAUAAAUUCUUCAGGGAGCUUACUUAAACCCCCACCAGGUGACAAACAAGCUCCUACACAUCCUGUAGCCUAAUCCUCUUACAGAACUGGAUAAAUAACCCAUGGAAAAAUCGUGAACUCAAAGGGGCUAUGGAUAGACUAAAGUCUCCUUCAGAGAAAUAAAUGAAGAAUGGUAAGUCGAGCCGUUAAGAUGGCCCAGUUAAGAAACACGCAAUCUCCCCAGUGUGACAGCAUUAAUCAUCAGUGACGUUCUGAUGAUUAACCAGCCAGAAAAUCAUUUUGUUGGUGUUGGGAACUCAGCAAAUCCAAAUCGGUUGGUCUGAUGGAGGCAUGACGCUUAUCCCGCCUGUAAAUAUGUUUAUGGUUCAGUUUACUCACGGGGAGUAAAGGGUUUAUCCAUACAGCUCACUUCAGGAUUACAAACGGUAUAAAUACUGGAAGCGCUCCACUCUCCGUUCAGUCUGCGCCAGCUCUCACGGUACCGUUACGCACGGAUCACGGACACCCAGACAAUUCAUCUCGUUGUUAAAAAAGAGACUGACACGAAGUCAGACUAGAAAUUGUCAGCGCAGCACUCUUAGCUUUCCUGUGAAACUUUCUGGGAAUAAUCAGGACUAUGUCUGUGGUGAGCGCAGUGCCUUUCCUGAAGCCUCUCCACAUGCGCUCUCCGGUGCCUCAGGGCCGCCGCCACACGCUGCCGGCCAGCGAGUUCCGCUCCCUCAGCCCGGAAGAUGCCAUCAGUGUGUUCGAGAUUGAAAGAGAAGCUUUCAUCUCUGUCUCCGGUGAGUGUCCUCUCCACCUGGACGAGGUGCGUCACUUCCUCACUCUGUGUCCUGAGCUGUCUCUUGGCUGGUUCGAGGAGGGACGGCUGGUGGCUUUUAUCAUCGGUUCACUGUGGGACCAGGAGAGGCUUACCACGGACGCCCUUACGCUCCACAAGCCUCACGGGACCACCGUUCACAUCCAUGUCCUGGCCGUCCACCGGACCUUCCGCCAGCAGGGAAAAGGCUCCAUCCUGAUGUGGCGUUACCUGCAGUACCUCCGCUGCCUGCCCUACGUCCGCCGCGCCGUGCUCAUGUGUGAGGACUUCCUCGUCCCCUUCUACCAGAAGUCAGGCUUUAAAGUGCUGGGCCCCAGCAACAUAACAGUGGGGCCCCUUAACUUCACAGAGAUGUUCUACCCCGUGAGGGGUCACGCCUUCAUGCGGCGCAACAGUGGCUGCUGAAGACACACAGACUCUAUGUGGAUUCUCUAUAGCUGUGAAUGGAGGUGAAGACCCCUGAGAAACGGGGAACAGGGGGCACGUGAUGAGCCGUGCAGUGAGUGUCUGUGAUCAUCGCUGUCUGUGAGUGAAGCCUGUUUGUUAGGCAGGAAGUGAGGCGUGAAUUCUGACCCUGAGUCUGCAGAGAGCCAAAAACAGAGAGAUGCUAAAAGCAGCCGUUUGCAAAAGUGUCCUGAAAGUAAGCUUUGAUUUGCAUUUUAGUGAGUUAGUUACACAAAAAACAGAAUCCCAAAUCUUUAUUUUGAUAAACGCUGGACAUUUAUUAAUUGUAUCCAACAGAACUGCUGCCUUCUUUAUUUCCUUCUUGUCUUCUUUUUUUAAACAGUGAGGACAAGUUUAAAUAAUAAAGCUAAUUUCUUAAGUAAUUCUCCAUUAAUAUGUAACAGCUGUAGAAGAUUACUGAUUAUGUGACACUAAAGUAAUUUUAUAACUACAUGCCAAAGUAAACAAAGUCACCUUCAACAGUUAAAAUGACAAAGGAGAGAUAUCACAGCAAGGCUAAAUAUUAACAUUUAAUUUAUAUUAAGACUUCAGUGACCCUGUGACUGACCGUUUAUAAAUCGGACGUGUGGCACUUUAAAAGUCUGUCUUCUUUAUGGUCUCGUCAACUUUUUCUUAUUGACAGCCACCACUUUUGCCUCGGAGUCUUAAAUCAAGACAAACUAAUUUUUACACUGUUUUGUUCUAAUAAAGGUUUUAUUUUCUAA